CCGGAACUGAUGUCCUGAAGUCUGCAAGAACAUCCUACAGAGGCUGUAGGAAGUGUGGAUUGCUCCGUAAACAUCAUUAAAUACGUUUGUUUUCUAUAUUCGUAUGUGCCUUUGUGUUUUCCCCAUUGAAAUAUCCCUGCGCUAUUUCGGGGUUGGUGGGUUUUAGUCUGACCGUGUCUUUAGCUUCUGGAGCGCAUCGUAGAGCCCAGAACAGAAGAUGUCUGCAGAGGAGGCGGAUAAAACCACCACCACUGAUGCGAGCGCAGGAGACGAGGAGGAGGAAUGGCUGUACGGGGAUGAAGGUGAAAGUAAAGAAACUGAAGAAGAAGAGGCUAAACUGACAGCAGCUAUCAGUGCGACCUCUGCACCUCCUGUUACUGAGGAGGUCACCGCGACUACCAACAGCACCACUACCACCAUCACCACCACUACUGGAAAUGGUGUGGCCAGUCAGGAGGAAGCACCUGGAGAAGAUGAAGACAGUGAGAGCGAUAGUGAUGAUGACGAUGAUGAUGUCCGCGUCACCAUUGGAGAUAUCAAAACAGGAGCGCCACAGUACACGGCAUAUGGGGGAACGCCAGUGAAUCUGAACAUUAAGUCAGCUGGCAGCAGAGCGUAUGGAGCAGGUUCUAAAGUGAAGGGCAUAGACCUCGAAGCUCCAGGCAGCAUCAAUGGAGUUCCUGUCCUGGAAGUGGACAUGGAGUCCUUUGAAGAGAAACCAUGGAGGAAACCAGGUGCGGACUUGUCUGACUAUUUUAACUAUGGUUUUAAUGAGGACACGUGGAAAGCAUAUUGUGAAAAACAGAAGAGGUUACGCAUGGGCCUUGACAUUCUCAACAUUGGAUCCACCACCAGCAAGAUCUCAGUUCAGCAGGGCCGUACAGGUAACAGUGAGAAGGAGAUCACAGUUGCAGCUCAUGCAGCUAAAGCAGACUUUACCUCUCCAUCUAACCUGUAUAAAGCAGGACUCAACCCAGCGAGGAUAUCCCCUCCACAGUGGGCAGGGCCUGCCUCUCAAGAAAUGUCCUAUUAUACAAAGACGCCCGGGACCAUAGAUGUGAUUGGCGGACAGACUGCCACCAUUAGCAGGGUGGAAGGACGACGUCGCCACAAUCUGGAGGGAAAUAACAUACAGGUGAUCUCAGAACAUCCCAGCUCUGAGGCUGAACCAGCAAAGAUGCCGCCUCCGUUCUUUCCCCCGGGACCGCUGCCUCCAAACAUCCCACCUCCUCCAUUCCUCCCUCCUCCUGUCAGUCAGGCUCCACCUCUAAUCCCACCUCCACGGAUGCCCAUAACUGUUCCUCCACCCAAUUUUCCUCCUCCCACUGGAGGACCUCCUCCUUCACUUAUUCCUAAUAUGGACAACAGUGGGCACCCAGGAGGAUAUGACGGACGUCCUGUUGCUCCAUACCCUUUCCCCACAGGUGGGUUUCCUCCACCCAUGCAAGGAGCUGUUAACCCCUGGCCUGGUUUGAUGGACAACCCGAAGCAGUGGGACUACUACCCUCGGCGAGACAAAGAGAGGGAAAAAGAGCGAGAGAGAGACAGGCCGAGAGAAAGGGGCCAUGAGAGAGACCAUAGUCCCUCUGCUGUGGCUUAUAACAGUGAUGAAGAACGAUAUCGUUCUUACCGUGACUAUGGAGACAGAGGGUACGAGAGGCAUCGGGAGCGAUCGAGCCGUGAGAAGGAGGAGCGUCACAGGGAGAGGAGACACAGAGAGAAAGAAGAAGGGAGGCACAAGUCAUCACGGAGCAGUAGCAGACGGAGACAUGACAGCGAGGAGGGUGACAGUCAUCGGCGUCACAAGCAUAAGAAGUCCAAGAGGAGCAAAGAGGGCAAGGAGCCCAGCGAGGAGCGUUCUGCUGACCAGGAGAACCAGGAGGCCAUGGAGUAACUCCUGUCUGUCUUCUCCGCUCUCCUUCCUUCUUAUCGUCAGAGCGCUGGUUGUCAAAUCAUGCUAAAUGAAAUUAUAAUCCAGUUUACCCUUCCUUUUGUUUUCAUGUUUCCCUUUUUUUGUUUUGUUUUCCAGUGCAGUUUGUACCAUGUAGAUGUUGAUUUGUUGGAUUAAAAAAAAGAGCAUUUGGUAA